AUGUUAUUAGAAUAUGAUAACUUGUACAAAAGUUGCUGGGAUGAAGAACCAAAAAAUCGCCCAGAGGCCAAUGUUAUUCUGGAAAUAUUAAAUAACAUUUUAGAGAAAUAUGAACAUCAUAG